GCCUUACCCAACUUCUUUGCGGUUACGAUCACCUGUUUCCAACCAGCGAGCCAUCAAUAUGGCUGACAGUAAUAUGGCUGAAGGUAUCGACCGAAAUGCAGAAGACCGAAUGGAGUUCUCGACCUCCAAAGAGGUGACGGUCGCACCUACCUUCGAGGACAUGCACCUCAAGGAAAAUCUCCUUCGCGGAAUCUAUGCCUACGGGUACGAGUCGCCUUCGGCAGUUCAGUCCCGUGCUAUCGUCCAAAUCUGCAAAGGACGAGAUACCAUUGCGCAGGCGCAGUCGGGUACUGGCAAGACAGCGACUUUCUCCAUCAGUAUUCUACAGGUGCUGGAAACAUCAGUUCGCGAGACACAAGCUUUGGUUCUGUCACCUACUCGAGAACUAGCCACCCAGAUUCAAAGCGUGAUAAUGGCCCUGGGAGACUACAUGAACGUGCAGUGCCACGCUUGUAUUGGCGGGACAAACGUUGGCGAGGACAUCAGAAAACUCGACUACGGUCAACAUGUUGUAUCUGGCACUCCCGGCCGAGUGGCAGACAUGAUCCGACGACGACAUCUCCGAACAAGACACAUCAAGAUGCUGGUACUAGACGAAGCAGACGAACUCCUUAAUCGUGGGUUCAGAGAGCAGAUCUAUGACGUCUACCGAUACCUCCCGCCAGCCACGCAAGUUGUCGUUGUCUCCGCAACUCUGCCAUACGAUGUCCUUGACAUGACUACGAAAUUCAUGACGGACCCCGUCAGAAUUCUCGUGAAACGUGACGAACUCACAUUGGAAGGGCUCAAACAAUACUUCAUCGCAGUCGAAAAGGAGGAAUGGAAAUUCGACACCCUAUGCGAUCUCUACGAUACCUUGACCAUCACACAAGCGGUGAUCUUUUGCAAUACGCGGCGCAAGGUCGACUGGCUGACCGACAAGAUGCGUGAGGCAAAUUUCACCGUCAGUAGCAUGCAUGGAGAAAUGCCACAAAAGGAACGCGACAGCAUCAUGUCCGACUUCAGACAGGGUAACAGCCGCGUCUUGAUCAGCACUGAUGUCUGGGCUCGUGGCAUCGACGUCCAACAAGUGAGUCUUGUCAUCAAUUACGAUCUUCCAAGCAAUCGAGAGAACUACAUCCACAGAAUUGGUCGAAGCGGACGAUUCGGUCGAAAGGGUGUCGCCAUCAACUUCGUAACCAGCGAAGACGUCCGCAUUCUGCGCGACAUCGAACUCUACUAUUCCACCCAGAUUGACGAAAUGCCGAUGAACGUUGCCGAUCUGCUGACUUGAUGGAUUCUUUCUCGCAUUUUUUCGAUCAAGAACAAAAACAUCAACUUAGUACGAUUGUGCCAAACUUCUGCUUUGCUACAAUAUAGGCUCGAGGACGCCUCUGCGCCCAUUGUUAUGCUCUGGAUCCAACCCAUUCUGCCGGCGCAGGCUCAUUGCGUUAGUGUAUCAGGGAGGAAUUUCGUUAACCGAUGGCAUAACGGCUUCGAACUGCUGGGGUUGUCCCUCCAACCCAUGUCCCUCAGCGGCGGGCAAGACCGGAGUAUGCGGUUCAGCCGUCCGGACCAUAGCCGGACCGCCGAAUCAUUACAAGCGUGUUUCAAUUCAGGGUACUCGGAACAUUGAGGAUGGAAAUGGGGCUGCAAGCCAAAAGAAUGAUCAUUGCCUAUUUGCAAACUUUUUGCAUCUUUGCCGACUAUUUCGGUUUACGAGCCUCUUGCAUUCAGGUAUUCCCUAACCCCUAGUUACUGGAAGAGCAGCCUAUCCUCGUGCCACUGGACUCGUCCCUAACAUCUAGCUAUCAUAAGCGGAGAGGAUGUCUUUCUUUGCCUCUUCAUACUCUUUGAGAAUCGUCUCCCGUCUUUUCUCCGACCGAACUUGAACGUCAAGGGCAUAAGGCUUUGCGCAUAUCAAGAAUCCUUCGCUGUAGCCUGAUUUGGGAUCGACGUCCGGCUCGACAAUGUUUCCAUUGUCAUCCUUUCCGGGCCUGAAGUCGAAUGCCCACAAUAGCUUCGCAAUUGCGAGGAACAAGUUUCUCUCCGCAAGAUGAAUACCUGGGCACAGGCGUCUACCUGAGCCGUAGCCAUAGUGGUCUCUAUCAUCUGGGUUUGUGGCUUGGGCUAACUCCGACGCCAAUGCUGUGACGCCUUUGUAAUGAUCCGGGUCAAACACAUCAGGGUUAGGGAAGUACUUCUCGUCGUGGUGCAUGCCCCAGGCGUUGAUGAAGAUCACCGAGCCUUUUGGGAUCCUGUAUCCGUCAAUCCAGUCAUCUGAUGUGGUGGUCAGCUCUGUCGUUCUUCGAAGUAUCCUCAUGUUCAGAUUUCGUCGACUUACCUUGGUCUACAGCAUGUGGAAAUGCCAAGGGUACCACUGCAAACAGUCAGCAAAAGUCCGGCAGUGCUGCAAAUGCCAUGACCUUCAAACGGAGAAGGGGAACGGACCUGGACGCCAUCUCAUCGCUUCUUUGACAGUGGCUGCCACGUACGGCAUACUUGCGUAGUCCGACCAAACGGGACUUCUGUCUUCACCGACAACACUGUCGAUUUCCUUUUGUGCCUUCCGCAGCACCUCUGGCCACUUGAUGAACGCCUGUAUGGCGGCGAGAAUGAUACUUGAACUUGUAUCACUUGCGCCCUCCAUCAUCGUUCCACCUAAGAAGUACAAUUGAUGCCUGGUCAAUUCGAGCUUGUCUUUUUGAUCAAGAACCCUGUCCAUGAAGCUGUACUUGGGUCCGACCGCCUUGCGCCUCUUUUCGAGUCCCGUGAGCAUGUCGUUGUACAGCCCAUUCAUGGCUUUUCCAACUUCACUCGCGCGGGACCGCCAGUUGCCAAAGACAGCCUCUGGAACAUAAUGCAAUGCUGGGAAGAUAUCCACUGGCGGUGUCCUACCUGGUUCCAUCACGACGGACCAAUCUUCCAUCAAACUGUACAGACGGUGCAUGUGCUCGGUGUCAAUCGUGGGACUGCGCACACCCCAGAUUGUCCCGCACGCGAUGCUGUUCGUGUACCUCUUUGGAUGCCACAUGUGCUGGUCCGGCUGGACCAGGAAGUCGUGAAGCAGUUGGCUGGCCUCAGCUUGCUGUAGGGGCAAAUGAUCUUUCAUGACGAUGCUCUCCAUGAAGUGCUGGUGGAUGACUUUGCGGUAGCGCUGCCAGACCUUACCAUAGUGCGCUACGAGCACGUGGUCGCCUCCAGUGAUCAGAUUGUGGGAGACGUAGCUGUGCGGGCGGUUGCUGUAAAUGCCUGAUUUCUUGUCGAUGAGUUGUUUGACGAGAUGCCGGUCUGUCAGGACGAUGGCGGUAGCUGGGCCCAGUUUGAGCGAGAAGAUGCCGCCGUAGGUCUGGAUAGGCUUGGGUCAGUCUCAACUGAAUAGGAGGGAGUGUAUGUCGUGUACCUUAGCCCAUUCUGUGAACCUGUUCAUGAAAGGUGGUCAGCUUUGUCUCAUCAAGAGGAAGAUAUGCCAAAUGGUUGUGCUAGGGGGGCUUCCAUGCUGACUUACUUCAGAUAUGAACCUUUGGUGGGUAUAUCAUGAGCGUUGCCUAUGAUGGCUGUGGUGGGCGGGCCUGAGACGAACCCAGGCAGUCAGCAUAUCUAUCUAGUCCGAUCAUGCGGCAACCCAGCAGCAGCGGAGUGCCACGUACCGGGAGGAAGGCCUUUCUCGCGUCGGCCAACGAAGACGAACGCAUAGAACAAGAAGGCGCAAAGUAAGCCACCGGCGAUGGGAAGAACAGUUGUCAAUACCAUUGUGAAUCUGGAAUGGGCAAGAUUUCGGAACCCGCGUAGACACAGCACUCAAUUGAAGCAAAAUAUCCUUCUGGGU